AUGAAAAAUAUUGGAAAACUGGUUGGAGAAAGGAUGAGAUUGCUUCAAAUACAACGACUCAUACUUAUCACUUUAGGUAGGUAUAUUUGUCAACAUAUGUUUCAAUGACCGAGCAAUAACACGUAUUAAUGUUUGGCGAUUUAGCGGGUAUUAUAAUAAAAUUUUAAGAAGCUCUUUGCUGCUAUGUUGACUCUGGUGGCAGGCCUCGCGUCCUGUCUAGCGGCAAACAAGCGGUGGUCUCCAUUGAAUUCAAAAUUUCCAAUAUAACGAGUUUUUAUACUUUAAAGCUUCAGUAAAUGGUUGUAAAAUAAAGCGCUUUUCAGCGAGAUACAAAUCGAGAAACAACCCAGAAUUUAUGACAAUGUUAUAAACAAAGAUUUCGAUUUUUUCAACCAAGUCAAGUUCGGUGAUUUUGCAGUCAUUCAGCACUGUUCUGUUUCAAUUAACAGAAUAGUAUUGACUACUAUUGCCACGAUUCUAGAUAUUUUUGCUUCAGAAAACACGACUUUAUACAUGACUUUCGCGGCUUACAUCAACCCACAGUGGCGUGACGCAAAAAAUAGCGUGAUCGUAAAUUGCCAGUUUGCAUACAUGACGUCUGAGAGCUUUUCCGUCACGCGAUGUUAACUAAAAUGGCGAUCGGUGAAAAGCGAAGGCACCUGGAAUUUGAAGUUUACAAAAACUCAUAAGAGGAUGUAUGAAAUAUUAAUACGUCUUAAGUUCUUCCCUUUUAAAAGAUCUCAAAACCUGGAAAAUCCUGAAGGAAAAAAGGCUUGCUUGUGUUUGUUGUCUUUCACCAUCUGCUGCUUGUGGUUUCAGAACCGUUUGUUACGUUUCGCAGUUCCCUUCGAAAGGGCGAGCCAUCCUGAUCUGUUACUCUUACCUGAAGUCGCCCUCUGUCCUUAACCUCUCUCCGUAUUCUGAUUUCUUAUUUUCUUUGCUUGUGUGUCAGCGUAUUUAUGUAUGUUUGUUUUUCAAGGUGUUAUUUUCACGAGACAACGAAAGGUCGCAGGCGGUGAGUACUAAUUUUAAAACGUAACAUCACUUGUUUUUGCUGUUUCUAAAUACAGUCCAACCUACCUACACCUGCUGAUGUCUCAUAAAAGGGAAUCCAGAUUCCGGAUUCCGAAAUUCAGAUUCCGGAUUCUGUAAUCCAGGAAAGUUUUGCUUGUGAAAUCUGGAAUCCUGGACUUUGGAAUCCGGAAUACAGCUCAAGGAAUCUGGAUCCCACUAAUGAUUGGAAUAAGGAAUCCAAGUUUCAAUGAUAAAGAAUCCAGAAUCCAGUACUUCGAAGCCGGAAUCCACGGCCUGGAAUCCAGGAGAAGAAGACAGAAGACUGUCUUGGAUUUCUUUGCAUAGGGCGAAUCUAACACAAAUAACACAACUAGUGUUCGAAUCACUUUACUAAACUAGCACACCAGUUACACGAGUCGUAAGUCUACUAAACUGCGCAUGUCCGACCCAACUUCGGGCUCAGGUCCCACGCUACACGACCGCCUUUUUAAUAGCGACCACCUUAAUUUCCUAGCCAAGGCAUUCUUUAAAUGGAACCUUUUGUGAACUUAACAAUCACCUCUCGCAAGCGAGCGAGGAUAAUUUUUUGUGUUGGCGGUUUUAGAAUAAUCCAUUAUUAUAAAAUCCCUUGCAAACGACCACAGAAUCACACAUAGUCUGAUCUCUGUGUUCACUGUAUUAGAUACACAGGAUUUUGUUAGUGACAACUUGAAACAACACAGUACAUUUCGUGUAAAUGCAUGCAAUAAAACAGUAAAAAUUCUCUUCCAAAACUGGCUGUGUCUAGACCUCUUCUCGGGAGACUCCCUGUGGUUCGAUUUUCAUAUAUAAGGGACCGUUCAUCGUUUAUAAGAGGAAGGUGAUGAGUGCGCGUGGAAUUGGUGACAACUCAUAGCGCAAAACUUCCUUCAAAUUGAUUUUUCGUGUGUUAGCAGUAAUAAGUAGCCGCCAAAAGACGUCUCUGUCAACGUUUACAGUGAUAACCUGGUCAUCUGCAGCCGUAACAUUCACCUUCUUUACCUUUAGGUUUGGAACAGGGUCCCAAAAACUUUCAGUUUUGCUGUUCACACGCUUCUAAACAAAAUUUUUCAUCUGUUUUCGACCUAAUAUACUCCUAAUAAGUUCCUUUGCUAUUAUAUUGAAGAGUACUUGGGUAAGCUACCAUUUUUAACUUGUUAUCAAAGAAUGACGAAGUAAAUGGGGAUUCACCUUUCAGUCUCUUUUCAUACUGGAGUAGAAAAACAUGCCGUUUACUCAAAGUCUAUCUUGAAAAUUACUAGGCAUUAAUCAGGAGGUCUUGUUCUACCAAAAUCCGGUUUCAAUCCUUUUCUGACCCGUGGCCGGGUUAAACGAAACGACAAUUUUCCCUCCUCAGCUAUUAGAAGUACUGAACUAUUUGAAAUUUAUUACUUUAGUUUGUCGCAUGUGAGGAUCGACCUUUGUUUUGGAGACGAUCUUCAGACGUUCUAUCUGUCUGAAGCUGACUGAUAGAAAGUGGUGGACGAUCCGAACUCAUUCAGAGGAACUUAACUGAGCCAGACGUCAAACUUUUUAUAAACUUAACUCACGAAGUUCGUCGUUUGGCCUAAGCAUAGAUCGCUCUUAGAAAAACUUCCAUAUUGUAAAAAUUUCAGAAGAUUAUUGUACAUUGUUAUGUUGCUUCAUAGGUGUAUUCCUCCUGCACCUUUUUGCCAUUAGUCGAAGCGCCGAUGCCACCUCGCCUCUUGAGGUUUAUAAAGUCGUCGCGCGUUGAUCGCCAAAUAAUAAACAAGAUGUUUAAAGGGACAGGUUCCCGGUUCAGCGCGUGCUCAUUAAUUAAAUUACUUCUUCCAAUUUAUUAUUAAUUCUAUCGGUUAAGAAUCCCACUGACAUGUAUCUCAGCGAUCUCAGAGUGUAUUUCAAAGUAGAAGUGUAUUUCAGAGUAACCUGAAGUAGGAUGGAGGAGUACUAAAAUCGUAGUGGAUUAUGCCAACACUUAGUACCAACGUUGAAAUUAAUUAUUGUUGACCUGGAGGUUUUAUUCCAUAGUCGAUGAAAUUACGGCUAUUUGCACAUAAGUUGAUCAAGUGACUGUCAGGGGAGUGUGUAGAUUGGUUCUUUGGAAACAUUACGACAAGAUCAUAUUGCUUGCAUAGACGAUACAGCAUGUCCCGGAAGAUUUUGAUUAAUGAGCAUGCGCUGAACCGUGAAACCUUCCCUUUAAUCACCAGAUUCUCGCAUUAAAUAUGAAUUACAAUAAUGUGUUUACAAUAAGUAGAAAAAUUACAAAAACUUUAUUGGACUGGAGUUUACAGUAAUCAAUAUAAUAAUCAAAAAUAGUAAAACCUAGUAAAUUCAAUUACAAGGAUAUUGUUCAAUCAUAGUUACCAGCUGCAAAAUAACCUAAUUAACUUUUAAAAGAUGUUGCGUUGGCCAUUAGGAUAGUACUAGGGAGAAACUUUCGCCUAAAAUGCUCAGUUUUACAUUAAAAAGACGUCCAAGGGUUAGAAUUUCUAAGAGAAUAGUCAUGGGCGAUAGUUCUUAUCGGGGUUAGAUGUUUUGACAAGGGCCCGCCUUUUGUAAUUUUAUCAAAUGUCCUCAUACUGAGUUCAUUUCGCCUGUCCUCAUGCAAGUCUANAUAGUCGAUGAAAUUACGGCUAUUUGCACAUAAGUUGAUCAAGUGACUGUCAGGGGAGUGUGUAGAUUGGUUCUUUGGAAACAUUACGACAAGAUCAUAUUGCUUGCAUAGACGAUACAGCAUGUCCCGGAAGAUUUUGAUUAAUGAGCAUGCGCUGAACCGUGAAACCUUCCCUUUAAUCACAAGAUUCUCGCAUUAAAUAUGAAUUACAAUAAUGUGUUUACAAUAAGCAGAAAAAUUACAAAAACUUUAUUGGACUGGAGUUUACAGUAAUCAAUAUAAUAAUCAAAAAUAGUAAAACCUAGUAAAUUCAAUUACAAGGAUAUUGUUCAAUCAUAGUUACCGGCUGCAAAAUAACCUAAUUAACUUUUAAAAGAUGUUGCGUUGGCCAUUAGGAUAGUACUAGGGAGAAACUUUCGCCUAAAAUGCUCAGUUUUACAUUAAAAAGACGUCCAAGGGUUAGAAUUUCUAAGAGAAUAGUCAUGGGCGAUAGUUCUUAUCGGGGUUAGAUGUUUUGACAAGGGCCCGCCUUUUGUAAUUUUAUCAAAUGUCCUCAUACUGAGUUCAUUUCGCCUGUCCUCAUGCAAGUCUAGCGAUUUUAGCUAAGGGCUUCCUGGUAUAAAGAUUGAGGGUAUAUUAUCCCGAAAGCACGCAUUUGGACCCAGUCUAUAAUCAGUAGCAGACAUGUAGGCGGGAAGAGCGUUAUGCCAAACCAUACUACAAUUUAGUAAAAUCCAACUAGUGGUCUAUUAUCAAUGCUGCGUUCUGAUUGGUUAAUCUACUACUAGGCUAUAUGUUAUAGCCCACUAGUAGCGAAAAGCGCCGGCUUUUUGGCGGCAAAAAAAGGGUUAAAGUCUAGCUUUAAGCAGCUAAAAUUUUUUUUUCUCGAUUUUUUUGACCAACUAGUUGGGUUUUACUAAAACAAUUAUUCCUGUCGCCCUCAUGUGGCCUCUGAGUCAAUAGCCCAUUAUAGGCCUUCGGCCUCAUGGGCUAUUGACUCAGAGCCCAUUUGGGCUCGAGGAAUAAUUGUUAAAUAUUCUUUGAUGCUCUUUUUAAGCUUGUCAACCAAUGACUGGACUUCAUCAAUUCCUUCCUUGUCUCGUGUUCACGUCCUACCUACUAAAAGGCGAAACGUGAAACUAGGAAGUUGCACGUCGUAGUCGUUCAACGACGGCAAAGAAAUGUACAAAAACGCAUGAUGCACGUGCAAACUUGUUGGUUUUUUAGUUGCCAAUCUAAACCUAUUUCUUUUGCCGUUCUCGCGGUCGCCGUCGUCGUUGCUUUUAAACGAACGGUCCCGAAGCGACCACCUCCUCGACCAAUAGCUCUCCCCAUCUUGACCGGUCGUUUACGGACGGUUCAACUAUUCUAUUCAUUUCUGCAAUUGCAGUUUUUUUUCUCUCUUUCCUUCAUCAUAGGUUGUAACGGUACUGCGCCUCAAAUACUUCAUUCAACGUUUGUCAAGGCAAUCCUAAGUCCUGGAUUUGUUGCUAACAACUACGGUAAUAUGGAGCACUGUCAGUGGUUAAUAAGGGCUCCAUUAGGCUACCAAAUCCAUCUUCAGUUUACAGCAUUUCGUUUGCAAGAUUGCCAGAACUGUAGCUGUGACAAUGUCACUAUAUAUGACGGAGCCUAUUUACAGCAACCUCUUUUGGGUCAAUACUGCGGCUAUGAACUGCCACCGCCGGUCUCUUCCUCAGGCAAUCAAGUCCUCGUAACCUUCCAGUCGGACGACUUCCACUCUGAUGGCCGUUUUCGUUUAGAGUACUCGAGUAAGUCUACAGGGAAACACCUUCAGUUAAGGGCUUGAAUGGGUGGAUUUGGUAAUUAAAAUCUCUAAAAGUCCCUAGAGACGCUUGUGAACAAAUCUGUUUUGAUUGUGAAAGAAGGUUUAAAAAACUCGCCAAACGAAUUUGCUGAAUCUGCAGAUUCAGAUGAUUUAGAUUGAUUAAGCUCACUUUUAUGAAGCUCCGUUCCAUGGAAAACGAACGCCCCUCUCAAUAUUUCCUCGCAUGCUCAUAUAACUUUACGAAGCACGAGGAAUACAAUCGAUCAAUAAAAUCUCUUUUCGGUAUUCUUACAAACAUAAUGGAAUCCCACUGUUUUUCUAAAAUUUUUGUUUAUCAGCGUUCACAGAUUAAGUUUAAUACUAAGUUUCUAAGUAUUUCCCGGGCCAAUCUUCUGCUAUCCAAUAAAAAAUGACGGGGCGGUCGUUGGCCGGAAAGUUCACCUACCCUCUCUCUCAUCACGCAAAAAAAUGAAAGUUAUUAGAAUCUCGUUUUUGGGGCGUGGAUCAACUUCAAUUACCCUUUCAAUAUAUAAGCUGACUCUUCCUCAGUCGUCUUUCACUGAGAACCUCCAACUAGGGGCGCGCGGGGUCUGGUGGGCAGAAGGAAAGCUAAUGAGAGAGACUUUUCCUUUCCCAUCAUCAUCUGCUCUCCUUGCACGUGUUUUUGGGGCGAGUACUCUAAGCGCUGCCAAUCCAAAUUUAAUUUAAUACAAAUUUAACCGUGAGGGUACGAAGAACAUUUUCCGUAUAUGAGCGGUACCCACUCCCAAGGCUACACGUGUGAACAUAUUUUUUCAUUUCCCUUUGUCGUUCUGAAUAACAUAUAUCAUGUGCUUUUAUAUUUCGAGAAAGCAAUGGCAAAAAGUUGGCCGGGGAAAGCGGGUCACCCUCCUACCCGAGUCAACUUAAGCCAGCAUUUAUGUGGUAAAAACGUUGACUCCUUUGCCCGAGUCAAGAUGACGGCCUGGCUAGCUAGGCGGAUCUCACUGGACCUGUAGCCUAGCCAACGUUUACUUUCUCAUGUAAACGGUUCGCCAAGUUUUGUAAUUGGAAAAUGUAAAACAAACUUUGGAUCGCCCAGGGUAGCUCUGGUAGGCGAGUGAGGAGAGUGACGUCCCUUCUACCCGAGACAAUCAUCUCCAUUGUUUCAUCGCCUGUUCCAGGAGUUCACAUAAUGUGGAGCCGGGCGCAAACAAAAGUGAGCAGGAAAAAAGCGAGGAAGUGGAGGAAGAGAGAGAAAUUUCCCAGCACUUCCUUUCUUCCCGGUUUUUUUCUCGCCUCCAGCUAUUUUGUCCCACUCUCCCCUACCUGAACGUCUUGAACAGGCUUACAUUCCAGUCUAUGAUGAUUAAUAGAGCAUAUUUCAUUUUGUUAAUUUUCUUGGUAGGUCAUAUGAAGCCAACCGUGACAACUACGUGCCAACGUGAAAAUUGUGAGUUUUUUUUUUUCCUGAAGAAUUACUCCUGCUCUAAAUCAGUGAAUUAAACCCAUGUACAAACAAAGAGUCUGACAACUUUGAAAAACUUUCACCGGUUAACGUAAAGAGUUUUCAACAAGUUUAUCCUAAAGUUACACCGAAAGUUCGACUUAUGGCCGGACCCCUUAUAAGAGUACCCCUUAAAAACUAGCCCAUACUCACCCAAUUCAUUUUACUCCUUUCAUUUUUAUGUGACUAAGGUGACUAAGGUAACUUUAACACUCGUCAUCAGAAUGCGAGUGACAGAAGGUAUAAACGCGCGUGAUCAAAUUGCGUUCUGUGCAUUCCAUUCAUUGUUAGUGAAAAUCCAAACAAAUGCUGGCUACAUACAUGCAACGCAUGCGUAAUAACAACCUGGAGAUUAGAAUUGCAGGUGAUAAAGAAGCAAUCCUGGGUCCGGUUCCUUGAAAGAUGGUUAAGUUUAACCCAGGAUUUAGGCAAAUUUUAAGCACGGUUUUCUCGUCUAAGAACAUGCAAUUCGAGGUUACAAAAUACUGNACCUGAACGCCUUGAACAGGCUUACAUUCCAGUCUAUGAUGAUUAAUAGAGCAUAUUUCAUUUUGUUAAUUUUUUUGGCAGGUCAUAUGAAGCCAACCGCGACAACUACGUGCCAACGUGAAAAUUGUGAGUUUUUUUUCUAGAAGAAUUACUCCUGCUCUAAAUCAGUGAAUUAAACCAAUGCACAAACAAAGAGUCUGACAACUUUGAACAACUUUCACCGGUUAACGUAAAGAGUUUUCAACAAGUUUAUCCUAAAGUUACACCGAAAGUUCGACUUAUGGCCGGACCCCUUAUAAGAGUACCCCUUAAAAACGAGCCCAUACUCACCCAAUUCAUUUUACUCUUUUCAUUUUUAAGUGACUAAGGUGACUAAGGUAACUUUAACACUCGUCAUCAGAAUGCGAGUGACAGAAGGUCUAAACGCGCGUGAUCAAAUUGCGUUCUGUGCAUUCCAUUCAUUGUUAGUGAAAAUCCAAACAAAUGCUGGCUACAUACAUGCAACGCAUGCGUAAAAACAACCUGGAGAUUAGGAUUGCAGGUGAUAAAGAAGCAAUCCUGGGUCCGGUUCCUUGAAAGAUGGUUAAGUUUAACCCAGGAUUUAGGCAAAUUUUAAGCACGGUUUUCUCGUCUAAGAACAUGCAAUUCGAGGUUACAAAAUACUGUUGAGCCUUUAUCACGAGAUGUAGUAAUAAUAACACAAAAUGUUACCCUAAGCAAUGCAUAGGAAUGUAAAAUACAAAAACGGAACAAAAUGUUAAUCCUGGAUUAACUCUAAUCGGCCUUUCAAGAACUGGGCCCUCAUCUCCGGGUUGUUAUUACCCAUGCGUCGCAUGUAGGUAGCGAGUAUUCGUUUGGAUUUUCACUAACAAUGAAUGGAAUGCACAGAACGCAAUUUGAUCACGCGCGUUUGGACCUUCUAUCACUUGUAUUCUGAUCACGCAUGUUUUGACUAUCUCUCACGUGAAACACAGUGAUGGAGCAAAAGCGUUUUGACCUUCGAUCUUUGUCGCCCGUACUCCGUAUAACCUUUGGUUAUUCAGUACUACAGUGAAACCUGUAUUACGGGGACACCGUAUUAAGCGGACACUCUCUAUUAAGGGGACAGUAGCCGAAGUCUCUAUGAUCAAUUGUUCCACUGUGAAUUAUAAAGAAAAUAAUGCACGCGUAUAUCGUCAUACUCUCUCGUAGUAUUCUAAACGUUUCCACUGUUUAUUUGAAUGGCAUUUGACACCUCAUAGGACGUUAUCUAUCGAAACCUGUAGUAGGCGGACACCCUGUAUUAAGCGGACACUACAGCACUCCCCGAGAGUGUCCGCUUAAUACAGGUUUCACUGUAGUUGAAAUAAUGGUUAUGCCGCUUAACGAUUGGAAUCCAGAAUCCAAGUUUCAUUUUCAAACACUGGAAUCCGGAAUCCGCAACGCGGAAUCCAGAGUCUAAGAAUCUUGUAUUCCCUUACAUGAGCAAAAUGAUCCAUGAUAUAAAUGUUUAGCUUAUCUCCUUUUAUUUAACUGUUAUCUUUUCAAGAUAUUUUUGUUAGAGAUUCAUAUCCACGGAGAAUUGUGGCAAAGAUUGCACCCAAUUCGAUGUGUACGUGGAAGAUUACCACGGGAAGCGGCUUUUCCCUUGAAACUGAAUUCUACUCAUAUUCUUCUUGUGGUACUACUCCAAUGGGUUGUGAUUUUUGUGGAUAUGUGAAAAUAUGGGAUGGAAGAAGGCCUGACCUCCGGCUUAUUGGAACUUAUUGCACCAAUCAACGCAAAAAUCCAGUGAGGUCCACUGGAAAAGACAUGUUCGUUGAAUUUUAUGGUCACCGUGACAUGACAACUUUUGAGGCAUCUAUCACGUCUCGUAAAGGUAAGUUUGUUAGGGAUGCUAGGUUUCGUAAAUGUGUUGUUGUUACUUUUUCAUGAUCCUCCAGAGGAAGUAUAAAAGUUGAAAAUUGAUUUAUCUUGAACGCCUUUGUUAUAUCCCCCCACCCCCAUUCCAGCGCCUCCUUACCCUUCGAACCCCCCUGAUAACUGAGCAACACGCGAUGGAAUGCCAAUUAUUUUAGUGCCUCGGUCUGGUCCCAACCUUGACCAAGUUCACUUGUCUGUCAUUUAAAAGUUACUAAGCCUCUAUUCGUAGGUAGUUGUUCAUCUAACCCCUCCGUUGAAUUCCCCUUAAAAGAUUAUGUCAUGAUCAAAACACAAAUGUGAACUGACCGUCUGAGCUUGUUCUCUUGAGUUAUAGAUAUACUUGGGAGGUUCGCUUAAGCGUAGGCCUCAAGAAUCCGUUUUAUAGACAGGGAUACCUUUAAUUCCUUGAUUGUACAUUUGGACAAAAACUUGCGCACUUUUGAUUAGUCCCGGAUAAACAUGGUUCGGAACCGGGUACCUGGUCACCUCGCCACCAAACCUUCUCGCUACCAAGAAUACUUAGCUUCAUUGUUUUAAAAAGUCCCAAGCAUGCACACCAGAUGAAAAGAACUUUCAUGAACGGAAAUUAAAAUCUCUUAACCGUUAGUUUAUUAUCAUAAUUCAAAGAAAUAGUGGUGGCUGUGAAACUUUUCUGCCAGUUUUUUUUUUAAUCUCUUUAAUGUCCGCAAAGUUUACAUUCACCGAACCUUUUGUCAGUGGAGUAAUAACAAGGAUCGUCAAUUAGGAUCGACAAAUUUAUAUUUGGGUCGACUUUAAAUUCUAUAAAUAAGCUUGACGAAAAAGUAAAAAUCCUGUUUAAGUAAUUAAUCCUCUAUUUUAAACUACCUACGUCGAGUAUUCCAGAGUUAGUCGUUGGUGGUGAGUCGACGCCUGUUGGUGGCGAGAGGGUUUGCGAGUGCCGUUCUCGGAAGUUACUAGCACAGAGAGUCAAAAAUUUUGCUUGAACGUCUGAGUUUUUAAAAAUACGCUUUGAAAAUGGAGGAAAACCAGACGUUUCGUCGUGUUUUAACUGCAACUCAAAAACUUGGAGUUACCCUGCCUAUCUUUUGAGCGUUUAAAUGGGUGUCAGUUUUAAUAUUGUAGUUUGCCGGCGCUUGACGCUCUUUACAGUGAGAGUUAAGACAUUAAAGUUGGGGUUUCAGAAAUGAAACAUGCCCUGUUUCUGUAGAAGUCAGAUUAUAUUUAAGUGCACAAAUGUCUGUAAUUUUUUUUUGUGGAUUCAGCUAAGAGGUCCACGUUAGUUGAGAAUCUUAAACAGCGAGAUAAUAUUGGUGAGACGAUAGUUAGAGUCGAUUUAUGACAUUUAUAAUUGGUAGUAAAUACUUCAUAUAAACACACAAAAUAAAUAUAAGUUCUUGUUUUUCUUUCAAGAGAAAUCUCGAAUGGUCAUUGACAUCAUUGUGCCUAUUUUUGUCAUGAUUGCGCUUUUGAUCAUCAUCGUCUUUUUUUUCUAGCUGGUGUAAAAGAAAAAGGCAGCGUUCAACAAGACAAUCUUUGAGUCAUAUUUCAGACUCGACAAUGCACAUUUUGAACACGACUUCUGAAUUUUCGUUCACGCUUCAGUGAUCACUGAACAAGACCACGGAGCGCCCCCCUGGGUCAAGACAAUAGAAGCCUUUUUUGGGGUGGGUGGCUCUUAAGUCCAUUGUUCUUAGCGCAUUUUGCACAAACAUGGCGACAGUUGAUGUACUUCAUUCCUUAUAGCAUCCUGCAAAGAAAACUAUUACACUGUAAACGAGUUAGGUGGUUAGGCCCAGCGUGUUACAACAUUGCAGAAAAGCAUUAUGGGUACACGGACUACAAAAAAAUUGCUUAGUCAUUCAGAUCCAGAAGGCACUAUGGAGAAAAUUAGAACCCUUAUUCAGCCAUGAUAAAAAGCUUCACGCUUCAGAAGAGGUCUAAGAAAAUAUUCUUGCGUCAGAGGAUCCUGCCGACCUGAAACAAAAACCACAGUAAAUCGAUAUGUGUUCCACGACCUCUCAGUGUAAAACAAGCGGCUUAUAAAUCACAUUUGUUCAGUGAAAAUGUAGGACCAGUUCCAGAGCAUAAUCUACCUGGCAGAGGAAAAAAACUUAUUGAAACGAACAGCAUUUUGGCUUGAGGUAAAUGUCGUUUAGGCCUACCAACCCCUUUUAUUGGUGUGCGCUCGAUAAACAUGCUAUUGCGGAUCCCAUGCCAGCCACGUCAGAAUCACGUAAAUCCCCACAAUUUAUGAUAGUACGAUUUGAAUACUCCAAUCGAAGCAUAAUUCCGCUAUAACAACCCUCCUGAUAGGAAUCUAAACACUCCAAAGUGUCUUGUACACCGCAAGUGCGAACUCCGUCGCCAUGUUUGUUGACGCCAAUAAGUUCGAUUUGAUUGAAAGUUUCAUAUUAACCUGAGCAAUAAAUCAGUUUACUUCUCUAUAAAGGCAAGUGGUUUUCGCUGGUCCUUGACGUUGUAGUGCCUAUUGUUGUCGUGAUUGCGCUUUUUAUCAUCAUCGUUGUUUUUAAUCAGUUUGCUUGUCUUUUAAGGCACGUCUCGGAAGGUCAUCUGGUGGCCUGUUAUUCCCGCGAUGAUCACCCUCGUUGCGGUUAUAAUUAUCAUCCGGUAUUACUGUAGAAGACAGCGUUCUUCAAGACAAUCCAGAUCGUCACGCGCAGAUGAAGGUCUCCGUCAACCUGUCCCUCACAGGAUCGAAUCUUCCUCGCUAUUCACUGUGCAGGUUCCACCUGCUUAUACCUCGCCGCUAUCCAACAGAGAGAAUGCUCCGCCUUCAUAUGACGAAUCAUGGUCUACGGCCACAUCUGCGCUUCCACCGCCAUCGAACAUGGAGGAUGUUCCGCCUUCCUAUGACGAAACAUGGACCACACCAUCCACAUCUGCGCUUCCACCGUCCGCGCGUACUCCACAAACCUCCCAGCCUCAGGCUAACGAAAUUCUUUUAGUAUCCCUUCCUCCAUCUCAUGGUAAUAAUUCUCAAAAUAAGGAUAAUGAUAAAGAUAGUGAUAGUGAUAGUGAUAAGUUUGCCUUUAUCUGUAAACGUGGUUUUAAAUAUCCCCAUAAGACUGAUUCCAUGAUGACCUGUGCUUAAGGUAAUUCCCUUGAAAAGGAUGUACUAUCCAAAACUUGGAACGAUUGUCACUUAUGUUAUAGGGCAUUCAAAAACUGGAAGAAAAAGAUGGGGUCAUGGUGCUUGUGUCCGCCCUGUGUGCCCGUAAUUCUGAGUUGUUGUUGUUUUUUUGUUGCUAGUUGCCCGCGAAAUGUUCGAAACUUGAAUAACCGUCAAAAUGUUGUAUCAAAUAGCAAUUACUAUGAAUCUAACUAGAACCUAAAACCUGUUUGUUUUUCUCGGCUAUGAUCUUCAGUUAAAUGACUUCAUAUGGAAAAAUGGAGAGAAAUGGACAGUUUUAAGAUUAUCUAAUGCGAGAAUCUAAUACCUCUCUGUGCGGCUCCAAAGGCGGAGUUUCGCGUCAUUGAUAUCUAAAAAUUUACAAUUACGGUGCACUUUAAAAACUCGAAAACUACUAAUUACAUCUUCUUUUUCUCUCUUAGAAGUAACGAGCGUUCACCACACAUAUGUUUGA